UUCAAGAAGAAAAAAAACACAAUGUUAGAGAAAGAGGCAUUGUUAGUGAAAGACGAUGGACCAGUCGUCGCCGGGGAAAAGGGAAGCUGGCCGGUGUUCGCGGCGGAGCUGAAGAGCUCCGCCGGAAUGGCGGCUCCCUUGGCCGGCGUCAGCGUGGCUCAGUACCUUUGUCAAGUCGUGUCCGUCGCUUUCGCCGGCCACAUCGGCCAACUCCACCUCUCCGCCGUCGCCGUCGCCAGCUCUUGCGUCCGAGUCUCCGGCCUCACCAUCGUUACUGGCACAGCAGGUGCCCUGGAAACUCUGUGUGGUCAAGCUUAUGGAGCUAAAGAAUACAACAAACUCGGGACAUACACGUACGCUGCCAUCGCAUCCAAUCUUCCACUCUGUUUCCUGGUAUCGAUCCUCUGGAUGUUCAUCGACAGAAUCUUGAUCUCCCUCGGACAAGAUCCCGAAGUUUCGGAACUGGCUCGAUCCUACACUCUCUGGCUUUUCCCAACCUUGUUGGCUCACGCCAUCUUACAACCUGUUACUCGGUUUCUUCAGGCACAAGGCUUAGUUCUUCCUCUGUUCUACAGCUCUUUCGCAUCCCUUUUGUUCCAUAUUCCGAUUUGUUAUUAUUUGGUAUUCAAAACUGGCCUUGGAAUCAUCGGAGCUGCAAUGGCGAUAAGCUUGUCUUCCUGGUUGGACGUCGCCAUUCUCGCUCUCUACAUCAGAUUCUCGUCCUCUUGCAAGCAUUCUCGCGGGUUUGUGUCGAGUGACUUCGUUCCGAGCCUGAAACAGUUCCUCCGUUAUGCGAUCCCAUCUGGUGCAAUGACUUGUUUAGAAUGGUGGUUGUUCGAGCUCGUCCCGUUGAUCUCAGGACUCCUACCGAACCCAAAACUCGAAACUUCCGUUCUUUCAGUGUGUCUUACUACAAAUUCUCUGCAUUACGUCAUUCCAUACGGUUUAGCGGCGGCUGGAAGCACACGGGUUUCGAAUGAGCUGGGAGCAGGAAAACCCGAGGCAGCUAAGCGCGCGGUUUAUGCUUUGCUCGUCCUGUGGUGGGUAGAGGCGACAAUCUUAAGCGCCCUUCUCUUUAUCUUCCGAAACACCUUCGGCUAUGCCUUCAGCAACAGCGUGGAAGUCAUAAACUACGUCACGAAAUUUGCUCCCCUGCUCUGCCUCUCCUUCUUCUUCGACGGGUUCCACCUCGUUCUCGGAGGGGUGGCUAGGGGAAGUGGGUGGCAACACUUGGGCGCGAUGACGAACAUGGUGGCUUACUAUCUGGUGGGAGCUCCGGUCGGAGCAUUACUAGCUUUCGGUCAUCACUUGAAUGCCAAAGGACUUUGGUACGGUAUUGUCAUUGCCUCUGGUCUGCAAGGGCUCAUUCUUGCUUUCUUCACCCUCUUCACCAACUGGAACGAACAAGUCAGUGUUUCCCUUCUUCCAAUGUCCCUAAUAUCUUAACUAGAGAGUGGUAAAGUAAUGUAACUCGUUCUGGUGCUAAAUUUGCAG